GGCACUUCAUGGCUCCAGCUCAUAACCUCGGUCCGGACGCAGAUACCUUAGAGUCUGCUGAAUACCAGCCUAUACACAGAACAAACGACGACCAAGAGCACGAAGAAGAUGUUCCACCAGCUCACAUUGCGUCUUUCGCUGAGAAAAAGCGGAUUUGGUGGCGAAACGCUGCCAUAAAUGCUCUUUUCAUUGCUUCGUGGUUCCUUUUUGCAACAGUUCUAUCCGUAUACAACAAGUGGAUGUUCUCACCAGAACACUUUGGUUUUCCUUUCCCUCUUUUUGUGACCACCCUCCACAUGAUCGUGCAGUUUUUGUUAGCGGCAUCUAUCAGAGCACUCUUCCCGCGAACUUUUCGACCUGAACGGAGUCCGACGAUGGCGGAUUAUGGUAAGAAGGCAGUUCCAACUGCUAUCACAACGGGACUUGACAUUGGCCUGUCGAACCUGUCCCUCAAGACCAUUACGUUAUCGUUCUAUACCAUGUGCAAGUCAUCUUCCCUCGUGUUUGUGCUUCUCUUUGCUUUCCUAUUCAGACUUGAAGUCUACUCGUUCCGCCUUAUCGGAGUCAUCCUUCUCAUAUUUGGUGGGGUGCUUCUAAUGGUGGCCACAGAAACAUCCUUUGUCUUGUCUGGCUUCAUCUUGGUGCUAACUGCCAGUGCGCUCGGUGGUCUUCGAUGGAGUCUUACUCAGCUACUUCUCAAGAACAAGACCAUGGGGAUGGACAAUCCUGCUGCAACUGUGUACUGGCUAGCGCCUAUGAUGGGCGUCACCCUCGCUGUCAUCAGCGCAAUUUGGGAGGGCUGGGGCAAUGUCUUCAAGUCCUCUUACUUCCACGAUACCGCCUCAAGUUUGAAUACUGCGUUAUUUCUGGUCUCUCCUGGUUUCCUGGCCUUUUGUAUGGUUCUCAGUGAAUUCUACAUCAUUCAACGUGCAGGUGUUGUGCCGAUGUCCAUUGCAGGAAUUGCUAAAGAAGUCACAACUAUUACUAUCUCGGCGUGGUUCUUUGGUGAUGAACUCACACCCCUAAACAUCACCGGCGUCGGAAUAACUGUUUGCGGAAUCGCACUUUUUACGUAUCACAAAUACCGCAAGUCUGUUGAUUCCAAUGUGGCUCUCGACGCUCAUGGAAAUCCGAUACCAAUUCGUAAUGACAUCAAUGGAGAUUUCUCUGUUAACGACUAUGAUGGAGUAGAACUCGAAACAGACAUACGCCGCGAUGAUCGCUCAGCACCUCAUCGGGAUGAUCAGUUAGUCAAUCAACAUCUACUCUUCUCUGCUGAUGACCUUGAAGAAGGCGAAGAAGAUGCGGAAGAGGUCCGAAGUGUGAGGUCUUCAAAGAUUAGAUGGAUUGCCCAAGAUGGUAAUAUGGAGGGAAGAAGGGAAAGUAACGAGGAGAGUACAGUACAUCAAUAUUAAUCGGAUCGGAACAGCUAAAGCAUUUCGAACGAAAUGAUUCAAAUAGACACGAAAAGCUUCCCAGGG